GAUAGAGUGGGUCAGCAUGGCCGCCUACCGACGUGUGAUGGAAGUGAAUGCCUUCGGUCCCGUGCGGGUCACCAAGGCGUUCUUGCCUCUGAUUCGUCGGGUGAAAGGACGAGUUGUGAACAUCACCAGUGAGGCGGGUCUACAUUCACCCCCAAGUAUAUCCGCUUAUCACAUGACCAAGAGAGCCGUGGAAUUUUUCUCCGACGCACUCAGACACGAGAUGCACAAGUGGGGAGUCAAAGUCGUCAUAGUGCAGCCUGGCAGCUUUGCACGGGCUACAGAUAUCGCCUUGCCUGCCGUCUACAAUAGGUUCGUUGAGAAUCUGCGGAACAACGUGGAAGAAGCUGUGAAGGAGGAUUAUGGCAUGGAGUACUUCGACUUCAAGAUGGAACAGAUGAGAUCCUGGCUUACUGUUGACAUUCAGGGAAAGGAUCCCAACCCUGUCAUAGAUGCCAUGGCGGACGCCGUCACCCUGACCACCCCCGCACAUCGCUACUUGGUUGGGUCGAGUUUUGAGGACUACGUCAACAAAAUUUGGCUGGGCUACUUCCCCACGCAGUGGACUGACUACACGGAGAGGCCCGAGAAGGAAAGCGACCCUAAACCGGCCAUGCUACAGAAAAAUAUCUAGUACAGACAACGCAGUAUAUUAGCUUCUUGAAUUCCUUUGGAUAUGUCGUUUUGACUGAAUUGUACAUUGGUAUUUUCUGCUAUUUUCCGGGACUGCAAAGUUGUCAAUACUUGACAGAAGUUAUCAAUCAUUGCAUGUAAUUAUGGUCCAAAGGUGUGACGAGCAAGCUUGGCUGAAAAAAAUUGUCCAAACGAUAACGUAGUUUGACUUAAUUAAGCAAUCAUCUCACAGCCCUUCCACUGGCAAGUCCCCUUGAGGGGGAAAAUGACCAAUAAGUCACCCGAAUAGCGAAAGAUUGUGUAACACAGGCGAUAAAGUAUAAAUUUAGAAACAUGUGAUUACCUUACAUUGUACUUAAAAUUUCACGCCCAGCGCUUCUUGUUUGAAGGUUUAAAGAAAAUCUGUCAAAAUUUAAGAUCUGAAAUGAAGUUUAUAAUACUUUCAGCUGGCAAAUCCUGAACACUUGAAAUAAAGGCAACGACAAUCGCUUUUUGGUCGGGUCCAGUUUCAAGGACUACAUCGAAAAGAUCUUUUAUACUUGAUAAUGGAUGAAAUAAAGGCUUCUACUAUGA